ACGACGCUCUUGAACAGCGACCGUGCUAAACACACGCACUAACACAAACUUGCAUUUUAAUUUUAUUUUUUUUAAUUUUCAAUAUCUGUGGUUCAAAAGUUUGUUUCGAAAAUGUAUAAAAAGGUUUUCUUUAUAAUUUUUGCGGCAACACUGGCUAUGAGCGAUGGUGUUCAGCCCACGAACUACGAAAUAAGUCGAAACCAACUGGGCGGAGGCAACUAUGGAAACUACCCAUAUCCGACUGGACCUGGGUAUUAUCCAGGACAAGGGCACUAUGGACAAGGGCAUUAUGGACAAGGACAUUACGGACAGGGUCAUCAUGGCCCACCAGGCCCACCUGGGGCUCACCCUGGAUGCCCCUUGUGUGACUCUUCAGUGUACAGCUACUGCUACCAGAAGCAGGCUCACGAUGCUUGCUGCUGCGGUUCUGUGUUCAACCCUUACUGCGGCAAGACUGACUGCAAGUUCCUGUACGCGAACUCCUGCGAGGAGCACGACUUGAUCUCAAACUGCUGCUGCGUGGACCUCUACAAGAACAACCCUCAAGGCGCACCCGUUGUACCUGCUGUCGCCGUGUAAUCAACCUUAGAAAUGUAGAGAUAAGAUCUUAAUUUGUAUAACAGUUUCAUUCCCGAUUGCAUCAAACUGAUGGUAAAAAUGUAGGUACUUUUAUUGCAUGUAUCAGUAGGUAACUUAUGAAACAUAGUUAAUGCAAGAUGCCUGAACCAACGCCAAGUUAGUACUUGAGAAAGAUCGCUUAAAGAUUAGGUAGGCACUAAUAUCAGAUUUACGUGAUUUUAAUUUAAUUAUGAGAAAUAUUUUGUAACUGGUUUUCACUUCAAAAAAUUUUACUGAAGAUUACAAAGUUCACUUUAAAACAAGCAUUCGUGUCAUUAUAGCUGUGCGAAAUAAAUUUCCCAAGACUUAAAAAUAAUUGAAAUUCAGUCUCAUGUGCCAUUAAAAGUAAUUUAGUUUGAUGCAACGGGAUUUUAGAGUUUAAGAACGUAGCUAUAUAUCACAAUAAAAAUACACUCAUAGUCAAUUGAACAUUAAAAUUAUAUUCAU